GCAGAGCAGACGAAAAUAUGGAGAAUACACACCAGAUGUUUCCUGGGAUAAAGAUGCCAUUCUGUCACUGGGGAAACUGGCAUUUCAACAGCUGGAAAAAAACAACCUGAUCUUCUAUGAAUCAGAUCUUGAAGCCUGUGGUAUUGAUGUCUCUAAAGCAUCAGUGUACUCAAGCAUGUGUACCCAGAUCUUUAAGGAGGAAACGGGGAUCAUUCUUGGUACCAUGUACUGCUUUGUUCACAUGAGCAUCCAAGAGUUCAUUGCAGCCCUUUAUGCACAUCUGUUUCUAGACAAAAACAAGAAAAACACAUUUGUUCAAGAGUCUACAGAACAUGAAAACCAAAAUGACACCAUGAUUGAUUUGCUCAAGACUGCAGUGGACAAGGCACUCGAGAGUGAAACUGGACACCUGGACCUUUUCCUUCGCUUCCUUCUCGGUUUGUCACUUAAGUCUAAAAAAACACUCUUACGAGGUCUGUUGACACAGCAAGAUGGCAGUGACCAGAGCACAAAGGAAAUAGUUCAGUACAUCAAGCAGAAAUUAGAAGCUAAUCUGUCUUCAGAGAGAUCCAUCAAUCUGUUCUACUGUCUGAAUGAACUGAACGACCAAACUCUGGUGAACGAGAUUCAGACUCAACUUAGAGAAGGAAGUCUCUCAUCUGCUGAGCUUUCUCCUGCCCAGUGGUCUGCUGUGGCCUUUGUGUUGUUGACAUCAGAGAAAGAGAUGGAGGAGUUUGAGCUUCAGAAAUUCAAGAAAUCAGAUGAGUGUCUCAUUCGACUAUCACCAGUCAUCAAAACCUCCAAAAAAGCUUUGUUAAAUGAUUGCAAUUUAACAGACAAAAGCUGUUCAGCUCUGUCUACAGUUCUUGGAUCAGAUACCAGUCUAAAAGAGCUGAACAUGAACAAUAAUAAUCUGCAGGAUUCAGGAGUGAAACUGCUCUGCACUGGACUGGAGAAUGUAAAGUGUGAAUUGGAGCUACUAUGGCUCAGUAAGUGUGAGUUGACUGAGGAAAGCUGUUCAGCUCUCACUUCAGUUCUUAGUUCAGCCUCCAGCAGUUUAAAGGAUCUUGACUUGAGCAAUAAUAAUCUGCAGGAUUCAGGAGUGAAGAUUCUCUCUGGUGGAUUGAAGGAGAACUGUAAACUGAAGAAAAUCGGACUUUCAGACUGCAGUAUCAGUGAAGAAGGGUAUAAAGCUCUGGCUUCAGCUCUGAGAUCAAACCCUUCACACCUGACAGAGCUGGAUCUCACAGGAAAUGAUCCUGGACAAUCAGGAGUGAAGCAGCUCAAUGAUUUACUACAGGAUCCAAACUGUCAACUGAAGACACUGAGGUUUUUGGGUCCUGCUGCAGAUGAAGCCUGUCAGUAUGUGAAAGGAAUUGUGGGUAAAAACCCGUUACUCCUGAGAGAGCUGAAUCUGAGUGAACAGAAGCUAGGAGACACACGAGUGAAUCAGAUCUCUGCUCUACUGCAGGAUAAACACUGUAAACUCAACACACUGAUGCUGAAGAAUAACAGUAUUACAGCAGAAGGUUGUGUUGCUCUGACUUCAGCAUUUAAUUCAAAUCCUUCAAACCUGAUAGAGCUGGAUCUGAGUGGGAAUAAACUACGAAACACAGGAAUUGAGAAAAUCUGUUCUCUUUUGGAAAAUGCACAAUGCAGAUUACAGAAAUUGAAACUUUCAGACUGCAGUAUCACUGAAGAAGGAUAUAAAACUCUGACUUCAUCUCUGAAGUCAAACUCACACCUGACAGAGCUGGAUCUCACAGGAAAUGAUCCUGGACAAUCAGGAGUGGAGGGGCUCAUUGAUUUACAGCGGGGUGAAAGCUGUAAAUUAAAGACCAUCAGGUUUUUGAAAAGUCCUGCUGCCCAGGAAGCAUGUGAUCAUCUCACUGAAGUUCUGGGUAAAAGUCCAUUAUUAUUGAAAAAACUGGAUCUGAGUGAAAAUAAAUUAAGAAACCUGUAUUGGGAGAAGCUCUCUGCUCUUUUGAUGGACUCUCAUAGCAAACUGGAGAAAAUGAAGCUGAAUAAUUGUGAGCUGACAGAGAAAUGCUGUUCAGUUCUAGCUACUGUUCUCUCCUCCAAAACCAUCCUGAAAGAGAUGAACCUGAACAACAGUCGUCUGCUGGACUCAGGAGUCAAAGAGAUCUGUGAGGGACUGAAGAAUCCUGUGUGUGAGCUGGAGAUACUCAAACUUUCAAACUGCAGUAUCACUGAAGAAGAUUAUCUAGCUCUGGCUUCAGCUCUGAGAUCAAACCGUUCACACCUGACAGAGCUGGAUCUCACAGGAAAUGAUCCUGGACAAUCAGGAGUGAAGGAGCUCAGUGAUUUACUACAGGAUCCAGACUGUCAACUGAAGACACUGCGGUUGUUACAAAGUCCUGAUGCAGAAGAAGCCUGUAAAUAUCUGACUGAAGUUCUUCACAUUAAAAACCCGUUACUCCUGAGAGAGCUGAAUCUGAGUGAACGUGAACUAGAAGACACACGAGUGAAUCAGAUCGCUGCUCUACUGCAGGAUAAACACUGUAAACUCAACACACUGAUGCUGCGUAAGUGUGGUCUAACAGAGGAAAGCUGUUCAGCUCUCGCUACAGUCCUGAGAUCAAACUCCAGUCUGAAAGAUCUUGACAUGAGCAACAAUAAUCUGCAGGAUUCAGGAGUAAAGAAACUCCAGAACGGAUUAGAAAAUACAAACUGCACACUGCAGAAACUCAGACUUUCAGACUGCAGUAUCACUGAAGAAGGUUAUAAAGCUCUGGCUUCAGCUCUGAGAUCAAACCCUUCACACCUGAUAGAGCUGGAUCUCACAGGAAAUGAUCCUGGACAAUCAGGAGUGAAGCAGCUCAGUGAUUUACUACAGGAUCCAGACUAUUCGCUGAAAACACUAAGGUUUUUGGGUCCUGCUGCAGAUGAAGCCUGUCAGUAUGUGACUGGAAUUGUGGGUAAAAACCUGUUACUCCUGAGAGAGCUGAAUCUGAGUGAACUUAAACUAGGACAUUAUGGAUUAAUGAAACUUAUUACGGUACUGCAGGACAAACACUGUAAACUCAACACACUGAUUCUGAAUAACAGCGAUAUCACAGAAGAAGAUUGUCGUUUAUUGGCUGAAGCUUUAAAUUCAAACCCUUCAAAUCUGACAGAACUGAAUCUGAGUGGGACUAAACUCAGAAACUCAGGAAUGAAGAUCUUCUCGACUCUGUUUAAGAAUGAACAAUGUAGACUGAAAAAGCUGAAGUUUAAUUGCAUCAGUAUAACAGCAGAAGGUUGUGCUGCUCUGGCGUCAGCAUUUCAUUCAAACCCUUCAAACCUGAAAGAGCUGGAUCUGAGUGGAAAUAAACUAGAAAACUCAGGAGUGACUGAAAUCUCCACUCUACUGGCAAACUCUCAGUGCACACUGCAGAUACUCAGACUUUCAGACUGCAGUAUCACUGAAGAAGGUUAUAAAGCUCUGGCUUCAGCUCUGAGAUCAAACCCUUCACACCUGAUAGAGCUGGAUCUCACAGGAAAUGAUCCUGGACAAUCAGGAGUGAAGCAGCUCAGUGAUUUACUACAGGAUCCAGACUAUUCGCUGAAAACACUAAGGUUUUUGGGUCCUGCUGCAGAUGAAGGCUGUCAGUAUGUGACUGGAAUUGUGGAUAAAAACCCGUUACUCCUGAGAGAGCUGAAUCUGAGUGAACAUGAACUAGGAGACACACGAGUGAAUCAGAUCGCUGCUCUACUGCAGGAUAAACACUGUAAACUCAACACACUGAUAUUGAAAAAUAACAAUAUUACAGCAGAAGGUUGUGCUGCUCUGACUUCAGCAUUUAAUUUAAAUCCUUCUAACCUGAUAAAGCUGGAUCUGAGUGGAAAUAAACUAGAAAACUCAGGGAUACAGACGAUCUGUCUUCUGUUGAAAAGCACAGAAUGCAAAUUGGAAAAACUAAAAGUUUCAGACUGCAGUAUCACUGAAGAAGGUUAUAAAGCUCUGGCUUCAGCUCUGAGAUCAAACCCUUCACACCUGAUAGAGCUGGAUCUCACAGGAAAUGAUCCUGGACAAUCAGGAGUGAAGCAGCUCAAUGAUUUACUACAGGAUAAACACUAUAAACUGAAGACACUGAGGUUUUUGGGUCCUGCUGCAGAUGAAGCCUGUCAGGAUGUGAAUAGAGUUCUGGGUGAAAACCUGUUACUCCUGAGAGAACUGAAUCUGAGUGAACAUGAACUAGGACUCUUAGGACUGAAGAAAGUUGCUACGGUACUGCAGGACAAACACUGUAAACUCAACACACUGAUUCUGAAUAACAGCAAUAUCACAGAAGAAGAUUGUCGUUUAUUGGCUGCAGCUUUAAAUUCAAACCCUUCGAAUCUGACAGAACUGAAUCUGAGUCAGACUACACUCAAAAAUUCAGUAAUGAAGUUCUUCUCGACUCUGUUUAAGAAUGAACAGUGUGGACUGAAAAAACUGAAGUUUAAUUGCAUCAGUAUUACAGCAGAAGGUUGUGCUGCUCUGACUUCAGCAUUUAAUUCAAAUCCUUCAAACCUGAUAGAGCUGGAUCUGAGUGGAAAUAAACUAGAAAACUCUGGAGUGACUGAAAUCUCCACUCUACUGGAAAAUUCUCAGUGUACACUGCAGAUACUCAGACUCUCAAACUGCAGUAUCACUGAAGAAGGUUAUAAAGCUCUGGCUUCAGCUCUGAGAUCAAACCCUUCACACCUGAUAGAGCUGGAUCUCACAGGAAAUGAUCCUGGACAAUCAGGAGUGAAGCAGCUCAAUGAUUUACUACAGGAUCCAGACUGUCAACUGAAGACACUCAGGUUUUUGGGUCCUGCUGCAGAUGAAGCCUGUCAGUAUGUGACUGGAAUUGUGGGUAAAAACCCGUUACUCCUGAGAGAGCUGAAUCUGAGUGAACAUGAACUAGGAGACACACGAGUGAAUCAGAUCACUGCUCUACUGCAGGAUAAACACUGUAAACUCAACACACUGAUGCUGAAUAAUAACAGUAUUACAGCAGAAGGUUGUGCUGCUCUGACUUCAGCAUUUAAUUCAAAUCCUUCAAACCUGAUAGAGCUGGAUCUGAGUGGAAAUAAACUAGAAAACUCAGGAAUGAAAAAGAUCUGUCAUCUGGUAGAAAACAAACAAUGCAGAUUAGAAAAGCUGAAACUUUCAGACUGCAGUAUCACUGAAGAAGGUUAUAAAGCUCUGGCUUCAGCUCUGAGAUCAAACCCUUCACACCUGAUAGAGCUGGAUCUCACAGGAAAUGAUCCUGGACAAUCAGGAGUGAAGCAGCUCAAUGAUUUAAUACUGGAUGGGCGCUAUAAAUUGAACACCAUCAGGUUUCUGAAAAGUUCUGCUGCACAGGAAGCGUGCAAGUAUCUCACUAAAGUUCUGCGUAAAAGUCCAUUAUUACUGACAGAACUGGAUCUGAGUGAAGAUAAAUUAGGAGAUCUAGAUGGAGAGAAACUCUCUGCUCUUUUGAUGGACUCUCAUAGCAAACUGGAGACAAUGAAGCUGAAUAAUUGUAAGUGGACAGAGAAAAGCUGUUCAGUUCUAGCUACUGUUCUCUCCUCCAAAACCAUCCUGAAAGAGAUGAACCUGAACAACAGUCGUCUGCUGGACUCAGGAGUCAAAGAGAUCUGUGAGGGACUGAAGAAUCCUGUGUGUGAGCUGAAGAUACUCAAGCUAAGUAAGUGUGAUCUAACAGAUGAAAGCUGUUCAGCUCUUGCUUCGGUUCUCAGUUCAGACUCCAGCAGUCUGAAGGAUCUUGAUCUAAGCAAUAAUAAUCUGGAAGAUUCAGGAGUGAAGCUGCUCUCAGAUGGGCUGAAAGAGAACUGUAAGCUAGAGAAGCUCUGUCUUUCAGACUGCAGUAUCACCGAAGAAGGUUAUAAAGCUCUGGCUUCAGCUCUGAGAUCAAACCCUUCACACCUGAUAGAGCUGGAUCUCACAGGAAAUGAUCCUGGACCAUCAGGAGUGAAGCAGCUCAAUGAUUUACUACAGGAUCCAAACUGUCAGCUGAAGACACUGAGGUUUUUGAGUCCUGCUGCAGAUGAAGCCUGUCAGUUUGUGACUGGAAUUGUGGGUAAAAACCCGUUACUCCUGAGAGAGCUGAAUCUGAGUAAAUGUGAACUAGGAGACACACGAGUGAAUCAGAUCGCUACUCUACUGCGGGAUAGACACUGUAAACUCAACACACUGACGCUAAAUAAUAACAGUAUUACAGAAAAAGGUUUUGCUGCUCUGACUUCAGUGUUUAUUUCAAAUCCUUCAAACCUGAUAGAGCUGGAUCUGAGUGGAAAUAAAUUAGGAAACACUGGAAUCGAGAUGAUCUGUGUUCUGUUGAGAAAUCCACAAUGUAGCUUGAAGAAACUGAAACUUUCGGACUGCAGUAUCACUGAAGAAGGUUAUAAAACUCUGACUUCAUCUCUGAAGUCAAACUCAAACCUGAUAGAGCUGGAUCUCACAGGAAAUGAUCCUGGAAAAUCUGGAGUGCAGGGUCUCAUUAAUUUACUGCGGGGUGGAUGCUGUAAAUUAAAGAUUGUCAGGUUUUUGAAAAGUUUGGCUGCACAGGAAGCGUGUGACUAUCUGAGUCAAGUUCUUGGUACAAAUCCAUUAGUACUAACGGAACUGGAUCUGAGUGAAGAUAAAUUAGGAGAUCUGGAUGGAGAGAAACUCUCUGCUAUUUUGAUGGACUCUCAUAGCAAAGUAGAGAAAAUGAAGCUGAAUAAUUGUAAGCUGACAGAGAAAAGCUGUUCAGUUCUAGCUACUGUUCUCUCCUCCAAAACCGUCCUGAAAGAGAUGAACCUGAACAACAGCCGUCUGCUGGACUCAGGAGUCAAAGAGAUCUGUGAGGGACUGAAGAAAUCUAAGCUAAAGAUAUUAAAACUUUCAAACUGCUGUAUCACAGAAGAAGGUUAUAAAGCUCUGGCUUCAGCUCUAAAAUCAAACUCAAACCUGAUAGAGCUGGAUCUCACAGGAAAUGAUCCUGGACAAUCAGGAGUGAAGCAGCUCAUUGAUUCACAAAAGGGAUGGGGUAUUUUAUCAGAAACACUGAAAACACUGAGGUUUUUGAGUCCUGCUGCAGAUGAAGCCUGUCAGUAUGUGACUGGAAUUGUGGGUAAAAACCCAUUACUCCUGAGAGAACUGAAUCUGAGUGAAUGUGAACUAGGAGACACACGAGUGAAUCAGAUCGCUGCUCUACUGCAGGAUAAACACUGUAAACUCAACACACUGAUUCUGCGUAAGUGUGGUCUGACAGAGAAAAGCUGUUCAGCUCUCGCUACAGUCCUGAGAUCAAACUCCAGUCUGAAAGAACUUGACAUGAGCAACAAUAAUCUGCAGGAUUCAGGAGUGAAGAAACUCCAGACCGGAUUAGAAGAUACAAACUGUACACUGCAGAAACUCAGACUUUCAGACUGCAGUAUCACUGAAGAAGGAUAUAAAGCUCUGGCUUCAGCUCUGAGAUCAAACCCUUCACACCUGAUAGAGCUGGAUCUCACAGGAAAUGAUCCUGGACAAUCAGGAGUGAAGCAGCUCAAUGAUUUACUACAGGAUCCAGACUGUCAACUGAAGACACUGAGGUUUUUGGGUCCUGCUGCAGAUGAAGCCUGUCAGUAUGUGAAAGGAAUUGUGGGUAAAAACCCGUUACUCCUGAGAGAGCUGAAUCUGAGUGAACGUAAACUAGGAGACACACGAGUGAAUCAGAUCUCUGCUCUACUGCAGGAUAAACACUGUACACUCAACACACUGAUGCUGAAUAAUAACAGCAUUACAGCAGAAGGUUGUGCUGCUCUGACUUCAGCAUUUAAUUCAAAUCCUUCAAACCUGAUAGAGCUGGAUCUGAGUGGAAAUAAACUAGAAAACUCAGGAAUGAAGAAGAUCUGUCAUCUGUUGGAAAAUACACAAUUCAGAUUAGAGAAACUAAAUCUGCGUAAGUGUGGUCUAAGAGAGGAAAGCUGUUCAGCUCUCGCUACAGUCCUGAGAUCAAACUCCAGUCUGAAAGAUCUUGACAUGAGCAACAAUAAUCUGCAGGAUUCAGGAGUGAAGAAACUCCAGAACGGAUUAGAAAAUACAAACUGCACACUGAAGAAACUCAGACUUUCCGACUGCAGUAUCAGUGAAGAAGGUUAUAAAGCUCUGGCUUCAGCUCUGAGAUCAAACCCUUCACACCUGAUAGAGCUGGAUCUCACAGGAAAUGAUCCUGGACAAUCAGGAGUGAAGCAGCUCAAUGAUUUACUACAGGAUCCAAACUGUAAACUAAAACUGAGGUUUUUGGGUCCUGCUGCAGAUGAAGCCUGUCAGUAUGUGACUGGAAUUGUGGGUAAAAACCCGUUACUCCUGAGAGAGCUGAAUCUGAGUGAACAUGAACUAGGAGACACACGAGUGAAUCAGAUCGCUGCUCUACUGCAGGAUAAACACUGCAAACUCAACACACUGAUGUUGAAUAAUAACAGUAUUUCAGCAGAAGGUUGUGUUGCUCUGACUUCAGCGUUAAAUUCAAAUCCUUCAAACCUGAUAGAGCUGGAUCUGAGUGGAAAUAAACUUCAGAACUCAGGAAUAGAGAAGAUCUGUCAUCUGUUGAAAAAUGUACAAUGCAAAAUGGGAAAACUGAAACUUUCAGACUGCAGUAUCACUGAAGAAGGUUAUAAAGCUCUAGCUUCAGCUCUGAGAUCAAACCCUUCACACCUGAUAGAGCUGGAUCUCACAGGAAAUGAUCCUGGACAAUCAGGAGUGAAGCAGCUCAAUGAUUUACUACAAGAUAAGCACUAUAAAUUAAAGACCAUCAGGUUUCUGAAAAGUCCUGCUGCACAGGAAGCAUGUGAUCAUCUCACUAAAGUACUGGGUACAAGUCCAUUACUUCUGACAGAACUGGAUCUGAGUGAAGCUAAAUUAGGAGACCUUGAUUGGGAGAAGCUCUCUGCUCUUUUGAUAGACUCUCAUAGCAAACUGGAGAAAAUUAAGCUGAAUAAUUGUGAGCUGACAGAGAAAAGCUGUUCAGUUCUAGCUACUGUUCUCUCCUCCAAAACCAUCCUGAAAGAGAUGAACCUGAACAACAGUCGUCUGCUGGACUCAGGAGUCAAAGAGAUCUGUGAGGGACUGAAGAAUCCUGUGUGUGAGCUGGAGAUACUCAAGCUCAGUAACUGUGAUCUAAAUGAGGAAAGCUGUUCAGCUCUAAGCUCAGUUCUCAGUUCAGACUCCAGCAGUUUGAAGGCUCUUGAUCUGAGCAAUAAUAAUCCGCAAGAUUCAGGAGUGAGGCUUCUCUCUAAUGCACUGAAAGAGAACUGUAAACUAGAGAAUCUCAGACUUUCAGACUGCAGUAUCAGUGAAGAAGGUUAUAAAGCUCUGGCUUCAGCUCUGAGAUCAAACCCUUCACACCUGAUAGAGCUGGAUCUCACAGGAAAUGAUCCUGGACCAUCAGGAGUGAAGCAGCUCAGUGAUUUAAUACUGGAUGGACGCUUUACAUUAAAGAUAAUCAGGUUUUUGAAAAGUUCAGCUGCACAGGAAGCGUGUGAGUAUCUCACUAAUGUUUUGGGUAAAAGUCCAUUAUUACUGACAGAACUGGAUCUGAGUGAAGAUAAAUUAGGAGAUCUGGAUGGAGAGAAGCUCUCUGCUCUUUUGAUGGACUCUCAUAGCAAAGUGGAGAAAAUGAAGUUGAAUAAUUGUAAACUGACAGAGAAAAGCUGUUCAGUUCUAGCUACUGUUCUCUCCUCCAAAACCAUCCUGAAAGAGAUGAACCUGAACAACAGCCGUCUGCUGGACUCAGGAGUCAAAGAGAUCUGUGAGGGACUGAAGAAUCCUGUGUGUGAGCUGAAGAUACUCAAACUUUCAGACUGCAGUAUCACUGAAGAAGGUUAUAAAGCCCUAGCUUCAGCUCUGAGAUCAAACCCUUCACACCUGAUAGAGCUGGAUCUCACAGGAAAUGAUCCUGGACCAUCAGGAGUGAAGCAGCUCAAUGAUUUACUACAGGAUCCAAACUAUCAACUGAAGACACUGAGGUUUUUGGGUCCUGCUGCAGAUGAAGCCUGUAAAUAUCUGAAUGAAGUUCUUCACAUUAAAAACUCAUUACUCCUGAGAGAACUGAAACUGAGUAAACGUGAACUAGGAGACACACAAGUGAAUCAGAUCGCUGCUCUACUGCAUGAUAAACACUGUAAACUCAACACACUGAUGUUGAAGAAUAACAGUAUUACAGAAGAAGGUUGUGCUGCUCUAAUUUCAGCGUUUAAUUCAAAUCCUUCAAACCUGAUAGAGCUGGAUCUGAGUGCAAAUAAACUAGGAUGCCUAGGAAUGGAGAAGAUCUGUCUCCUGUUGAAAAAUCCUCAAUGCAAAUUUGAGAAACUGAAACUUUCAGACUGCAGUAUCACUGAAGAAGGUUAUAAAGCUCUGGCUUCAGCUCUGAGAUCAAACCCUUCACACCUGAUAGAGCUGGAUCUCACAGGAAAUUAUCCUGGACAAUCAGGAGUAAAGGAGCUCAAACAAUUACUACAGGAUAAAUGCUGUAAAUUGACCAUCAGGUUUUUGAAAAGUCCUGCUGCAGAGAAAGCGUGUGACUAUCUUACUAAAGUUCUGCAAAUAAGUCCAUUACUUCUGACAGAACUGGAUCUGAGUGAAGAUAAAUUAGGAGAUCUGGAUGGGGAGAAACUCUCUGCUCUUUUGAUGGACUCUCAUAGCAAACUGGAGACAAUAAAGCUUAAUAAUUGUGAGCUGACAGAGAAAAGCUGUUCAGUUCUAGCUACUGUUCUCUCCUCCAAAACCAUCCUGAAAGAGAUGAACCUGAACAACAGCCGUCUGCUGGACUCAGGAGUCAAAGAGAUCUGUGAGGGACUGAAGAAUCCUGUGUGUGAACUGAAGAUACUCAGAAUUUCAAAUUGCAGUAUCACUGAAGAAGGUUAUAAAGCUCUAGCUUCAGCUCUGAGAUCAAACCCUUCACACCUGAUAGAGCUGGAUCUCACAGGAAAUGAUCCUGGACAAUCAGGAGUGAAGCAGCUCAAUUAUUUACUACAGGAUCCAGACUGUCAACUGAAGACACUGAGUAUACAUGACUGUGGCAUUACAGAUGUUGCUUGUUUGGCUCAGUCUUUGGCUGAAACAAAAGCACUGCAGUUUUUAAAAGAGCUUGAUCUGAGUAACAAUAAAAUAGGAGACUCAAAGCAGCAGCUCAGUGAUGUGCUACGAGACUCAAACUGUGAACUGAGCCUGGAGAAAGAACAAUCGCUCUUGAGGGCUGGUGUAAACUACAUUGGUAGCUACAUUGGUGGGUGGUUUACUCGGUCUAAAGCUCCGGAGGAUCCUGUGAAAUCAACAGAACAAGAAACGUCAUCAGAUGAGGAAUCCUCGGAAGGUGAAACAGAGGAGGGAGAAGAGGCUGAUGAGCGCUCAAAACAGCUGGAUUAGUAAGAAUACAAGUCUAUGGUAUAAGACCUUCAUCAUGAUGAUGUCAAGAUUAAACUCAUCCAUAAUGAAACAAUUAAAAUAUUGCUGAUCAUGACUGUGAAUGUAAUUUAGCACUUAUAUAUCAAAUAACAUAAACUGAGUCUAAAAUUUAAAUGUAAUUAUUAUGGGCUACAUGUACACAGAUUCAAAUCAGUGAUCUAUAAUAGAGUCAUUUUUAGAGAUCAGUGGUCCUGUCGUAUUUAUAUUUCUUUAUACCAUUGUUUAUUUUACAUUUAUGUAUGUUUUACAUUACAUUUCUCUUACAUUUUAUAUACAGACUGUUUAAAUGUGUUUUUGUAAGUUCUGUGUCUGUCUCAUGAGAAACAUGUCUCUGUACAUAAGACUCUUUGACUGAAGUAAGAGGUGUGGAUGAAUCUGUUCUCUCACACCGGCGCAGACUGAUCUUUACUAGUUAGAAUUUAUGCAGCAUAUUAUGUGCUUUCAGUCACUAGUUUAGAUUGUAUAUCGAAUGCGUUUUGUUUAGUGAUUUUAAUCUUCUCUUGUAUUGUAAUGUAAUGUGUUGGCAUAUUGUAACUAUACAAAUAAAAAACUUGAUCAUUUUAUUUUGUUUGAAGAGUUUAUUAAUUCAAUAGCCAGCUAUCAGUAUAAUUGGAGAUACAGCAGAUACCAAGAUUUUCCACUGAAAAAGUCACAUCUGCAGUUCUUCAA